GGAAGCACUGCUGGCCGAGAUGGGAGUGGCCAUGCGGGAGGACGGUGGCACGCUGGGGGUGUUCUCUCCCAAAAAGACGCCACAUCUGGUCAACCUGAACGAGGACCCCCUCAUGUCCGAGUGCCUGCUCUACUAUAUCAAGGAUGGGAUCACCAGGGUGGGCCGGGAGGACGCGGAGAAGCGGCAGGACAUCGUUCUGAGCGGGCACUUCAUCAAGGAGGAGCACUGUGUCUUCCGGAGCGAUUCCCGCGGGGGAAGCGAAGCUGUGGUGACCCUAGAGCCCUGUGAAGGGGCGGACACCUAUGUCAACGGCAAGAAAGUCACGGAGCCCAGCGUCCUGCGGUCAGGAAACCGCAUCAUCAUGGGCAAGAGCCACGUGUUCCGGUUCAACCACCCCGAGCAGGCGCGGCAGGAGCGCGAGCGCACGCCCUGCGCAGAGACGCCGGCCGAGCCCGUGGACUGGGCCUUCGCACAGCGCGAGCUGCUGGAGAAGCAGGGCAUCGACAUGAAGCUAGAGAUGGAGCAGAGGCUCCAGGAGCUGGAGGACCAGUAUCGCCGGGAGCGCGAGGAGGCCACCUACCUGCUGGAGCAGCAGCGGCUGGACUACGAGAGCAAGCUGGAGGCCCUGCAGAAGCAGAUGGACUCCAGGUACUACCCCGAGGUGAACGAGGAGGAGGAGGAGCCGGAGGAUGAAGUCCAGUGGACCGAGCGGGAAUGCGAGCUGGCACUGUGGGCCUUCCGAAAGUGGAAGUGGUACCAGUUCACAUCGCUGCGGGACCUGCUGUGGGGCAACGCCAUAUUCCUCAAGGAGGCCAACGCCAUCAGCGUGGAGCUCAAGAAGAAGGUCCAGUUCCAGUUUGUCCUCCUCACGGACACACUCUACUCCCCGCUGCCACCUGACCUGCUGCCCCCGGAGGCCGCCAAAGACCGAGAGACUCGCCCCUUCCCGCGCACCAUCGUGGCGGUGGAGGUCCAGGACCAGAAGAACGGGGCCACCCACUACUGGACGCUGGAGAAACUCAGGCAGCGGCUGGACCUGAUGCGGGAGAUGUAUGACCGGGCGGCCGAGGUGCCCUCCAGCGUCAUCGAGGACUGUGACAACGUGGUGACUGGGGGAGACCCCUUCUACGACCGCUUCCCCUGGUUCCGGCUGGUGGGCAGUUCAGUCGUCUCUGGCUGCAACAGCUACCCUCUUCUCAACACAUGCAUGAGCGAGCGCAUGGCUGCUCUCACCCCCUCCCCCACCUUCUCGAGCCCCGACUCCGACGCCACCGAGCCUGCCGAGGAGCAGAGCGUGGGGGAGGAGGAGGAGGAGGAGGAGGAGGAGGAGGAGGAGGACCUGCAGGACGACGUCUUUCCGGAGCACGUGCUGUGCGACGGCCGGGACCCGUUUUACGACCGGCCCCCCCUGUUCAGUUUAGUAGGAAGGGCCUUCGUGUACCUCAGCAACCUGCUGUACCCCGUACCGCUGGUGCACCGCGUGGCCGUCGUCAGCGAGAAGGGCGAGGUGAAGGGCUUCCUGCGCGUGGCUGUCCAGGCCAUCUCAGCUGACGAGGAGGCCCCUGACUAUGGCUCCGGCGUCCGCCAGUCGGGAACAGCCAAAAUCUCCUUUGACGACCAGCAUUUUGAGAAGUUCCAGGCCGAGUCCUGCCCUGGGGUGGGCAUGUCCCGCUCAGGGACCUCCCAGGAGGAGCUGCGGAUUGUGGAAGGCCAGGGCCAGGCUGCAGACUCUGGGCCCUCAGCCGACGAGGUCAACAAUAACACCUGCUCAGCGGUGACCCCGGAAAGCCUCCUGGACAGUCCCGAGAAAGCCACCCUGGACGGGCCCCUGGACACCGCCCUGGACCACCUCGGCCUGGGCAGCACCUUCACCUUCCGCGUGACCGUCCUGCAAGCGUCCAGCAUCUCUGCUGAAUACGCUGACAUCUUCUGCCAGUUCAACUUCAUCCAUCGCCAUGACGAGGCCUUCUCUACGGAGCCCCUGAAGAACACGGGGAGGGGACCCCCGCUCGGCUUCUACCACGUCCAAAACAUCGCGGUGGAGGUGACCAGAUCCUUCAUCGAGUACAUCAAGAGCCAGCCCCUCGUGUUCGAGGUCUUCGGGCACUACCAGCAGCACCCAUUCCCGCCUCUCUGCAAGGACGUGCUCAGCCCCCUGAGGCCCUCUCGCCGCCACUUCCCACGGGUCAUGCCGCUGUCCAAGCCAGUGCCAGCCACCAAGCUCAGCACGCUGACGAGACCCUGCCCGGGCCCCUGCCACUGCAAGUACGACCUGCUGGUCUACUUCGAGAUCUGCGAGCUGGAGGCCAACGGCGACUACAUCCCGGCAGUGGUGGACCACCGUGGCGGGAUGCCGUGCAUGGGGACCUUCCUGCUCCACCAGGGCAUCCAGAGACGGAUCACCGUGACCCUUCUGCACGAGACGGGCAGCCACAUCCGCUGGAAGGAAGUGCGGGAGCUGGUGGUGGGUCGCAUCCGAAACACCCCAGAAACGGACGAGUCCCUGAUCGACCCUAACAUCUUGUCGCUCAGCAUCCUCUCGUCCGGAUACAUCUGCCCGGCCCAGGAUGACCG